AUGGAUGCUUUCAAGCUCCUUACAAGGUCUACAAAGAUCAAAUCUUCAACCAACGCCAAGGGAGCGGCGUCCAGUCCUCUGCCAUCAACCGGCGAAGCUCGCACACCACAGUUAUUUCCUGCAAAGCCAACUAGGCCGAAUGCAAAAGGAGGCGAUGAUGAUAAUCGGGGGAAGAAGAGGAAGCGAGGGGCGGGUAAUGAAGAGGACUCUGAAGUUAAGGAUACGGCGCUGAAUUUCUUUAGCGGCCCGGCUUCGUCUGCGCCCGAAAUUACCUCGAAGAUACCUAUGGUCAUAGAUGCGGAAGACCAGAGCAGUGACGAAGAUAACGGUCGCCAUGAUGUUAAUGCACAGCUACUUUCACUCUCUGAAGCUGAUAGAAAAUCUAUCUUGAAGUCUCAUAAGAUCAAAGUCACUGACCUUCGAACACCAAAGAUAAACUGCGACGAUGCCGGAAUAGCGAAGAAGUCCAAGAAACGGAAGCGAGAAAAAGAGUCUGCAACUGCUUCUCUCACGAAAAAACAGCGGAAAGCAUUGCAAUCACUCUACCCCGAACCCCUCGUCUCGUUUGAGUUGCUACGGUCGAGGUAUAAUAUUUCAAGGCGUUUGUUGGAAAAUAUACGCAAUCAAGGGUAUACUGUACCUACAGAGGUACAGCUUGGCUGUCUACCAAUGCUGCUUGGAGGGCUGUGUGCAUUGACAAAAGAUGAAAAGGCCAGCAAAGGUUUGGAAUGUGAGCCUGACCUUCUUACGGUUGCUCCCACUGGAAGCGGGAAGACAUUGGCAUUUAUGAUCCCACUUAUCAGCAAGAUAAUGAAACACCGACACCAGAAAUCUGGCGAGCAGUCAAAAGGAAUUCUAGGCGUUAUUGUUGCGCCGACAAAAGAGCUUGCGAGCCAAAUUACAAAUGAGGGCAGAAAGCUCGCUCUGGGUACUGGGGUUAAGAUUACAUCUAUGCGCAAGGGUAUGCGCGUAGUAGAAGAACGUGGUGGAGAUUAUACCAAACAAGAAGAUGAUGAUAGUGAGGAUGGAAGCAAUUCCGACAGUGAUGAGGAACGGCCAAAAGAACGAGCAAAGUCUCUUGCGACAGUAACGAAGAGUGACAUCCUAGUUACAACUCCAUUGUUAUUAGUCAACGCACUUUCUGACAACGGCCAUAAAGAGCUUGCCUCAAUGCCUUUAGUCGAGUCGCUUAUCCUUGAUGAAGCAGAUGUGCUUCUUGACCCCCUAUUCCGGGAUCAAACGCUUAAAAUAUGGCAAUCAUGCGUUAACCCUAGGCUACGUGUCGGUUUGUGGUCUGCCACAAUGGGAUCUAAUAUCGAAGAACUGGCCAAGGCAACCAUUGGUGAACGUCAAAAGGCUCUAGGCCUAGAAGAAGAGUCCUCCCUCGUCAGACUAGUUGUUGGUCUAAAGGACUCUGCUGUCCCAAACAUCUCCCAUAAACUCACGUACGCUGCGACGGAGCAAGGCAAGCUUCUAGGUUUAAGACAACUUCUACAUCCAACAACGGCUACAGCAUCUGCUGGCAAACAUCUUCGUCCUCCUUUUAUCGUUUUCACUCAAACUAUUCCACGAGCAGUGGCUCUGCAUUCUGAACUGAUGUAUGAUAUUCCACCUGAAGCAGGUGGCUCUUCCCGGAUCGCGGUUCUACAUUCGGAACUUUCCGACUCUCAACGGUCCGAUGUUAUGGCUGGGUUCAGGAAAGGAGAAAUCUGGAUCAUCAUUACCACUGACCUUCUUUCUCGAGGUGUGGAUUUCCGUGGAAUCAACGGAGUUGUCAAUUACGAUAUCCCCAACUCAGCUGCUGCUUAUGUGCAUAGAGUUGGGAGGACUGGUAGAGCUGGUCGAGAGGGUGGUGUUGCGGUUACUUUCUACACUAAGGAGGAUAUACCGUAUGUCAAGAAUAUUGCCAAUGUGAUUGCUGCGAGUGAGAAACUCCGUGGUGGUGAAGGCCACGAGCCAGGUAUACAGAAAUGGCUUCUUGAUGCGCUUCCCGACUUGACAAAGAAUGACAAAAAGGAAUUAAAGCGCCAUGGAGUCCAGGCCCGGAGACGAACACCCGCAAUGGUCAAUGAUAAGAACCGCCGCGCAACCCGUAUCAGCACUAAAAGCGGUUUUGAAAGGAGGAUGGAGAAUAAGAAGAAAGGGGCUAUCAAGGGCAGUCAGGCCAGAAAGCUUGCUCAAGAGGCCGAUGGUGAUGCCAUCGAAGAGGAAGAAGCAUGGAGCGGCAUUGAGGGCUAA